AUGGGUUGUAUCACCCUGGCCUCCGCAACAAUUCUCGAAAAUGGCCAAGUCCGAAUCACAAACUAUCCCAACACCGUCAUCGACGCUUCUAGCUAUUCAUUCGAGACAUACUCGGCAAACGCCACAGAAUUAUCUUACAAAGGAAGAUGGGAUUCCAAGCAUCUGAGUUGGUGGUCAGCACCAGGGCUGAAAUUUGGCUUCACCGGCAAACAAGUCGCUAUCACUUUUGGGCCGUUGACCACAAACACAGUCCUCAUCGCCUAUCGAAUCUCUGGCCAAGAUUGGCAACUUACGAAUAUCACAACGAGCGCCACACAUCUUCUAGUGAGCGAAAACACGCCCGGAAUCAGCCUCAACAGCCCAAUUAAUCCAUCCACAUUCGAGCUACGCGUCACAAACUGGGCAUAUGGCGUCCAAAUCGACUCUGUUCACGUCUCUCAGGGCGAGAAACUUGUCAAACUUCCCGAUUUCGGACGCACCAUUGAAUUCAUCGGAGACUCCUUAAUGGCCGGCGAUUUCGCCACGCUGGAAGGGCUAUCAAGUUACGCAUACGGACUCGCCGCGGGUCUAGGAGACACAGAGUAUUCUAUCACCGCAUACCCCGGUAUCUGCGCUUUCGAUAAAGAAUGCUGGGGGAAUCCGAGAGGUAUGUUUCACCAGUGGUUCUACACGUCUGAUGUCUCGUGGCGAGCGAACCAGAUAUAUGGUGAUAAGCCUGAAUUGUGGGAUUUUUCGAAGCAGAAGAAGGCGGAUAUUGUGGUCAUUGGGCUUGGGACGAAUGAUGCGAAUAAAGCGAAUAGUGUGGGAUCGGAAGGGUAUGUUGCGCAGAUGACUAUGCUUAUUGAGGGGAUUCAUGCGGUUUGGCCGGAUGCUCAGGUUGUUCUGAUUUCCGUCUGGAACGGAUUCUACGCAAACGGAAAUAGUUACGCGCAGUCUGGAGCCUGGUAUCCUGAACUCCAAACUAUCCACAAACAUUUCAAUGAUCCGGCUUAUCUGGCAAAUCCGACACUUUACGAUCACGCAAAAAACGCUACAUAUAAAUCUAAUACGACGUCUGCGCCAUUUGUGUCAUAUUUUAAUACUACAGGAAUUUUACAGCACAAUGAUAUCGCACCUCAAUGGCACCCUACAGAUGUUGGACAUAUCAAAUUGGCAAGUCAUUUGAUGCAAUAUAUCAAACUCAAGUUUGGUUGGGACUUUUAUGCUACAGGUCCGGAAGUGUUUCAUCAGACUACGUAUUGGAAUGAUCAAGAUAGCUAUUAG